CCGCUGCCGGCACGCGGCUGGCUGGUAGCGUAGGGACGCUCGUCGGCGGAUAACCGCCCCUCCCCCCAGUCACCGCGGGGUCCCUGCGGCUGCCCGGCCCCGGCCUCGUAGCACGGCCCCGGCCUUCACGCUCCCGCCCAAGGACCCAUCUCCAGCGUUAGCCCCGCGCGGUGGCAGCAGAGCAUCGCGCAGCGCCCCUCGCCUCCUCCGGCCAGUGCGAGCCGGGGCAAGGCGGGCUGGUUGGCUGGCUUGACUGAGAUCCCGUCAGACCCCUGGCCCUGCCCCCGCCCUUGGCCCCUCUGUCCUCAUCUGCCCCCCCCCCCCAGCCCGUGGCCUUGUUUCUGUUCCCGUCUCUUUUUGGAGGCGCUUUGCCAAGCACUGACCCCUGCCCUGCUGGUGGGUGGCCCUCAGAGCUCUGCCCCCCAGUCACAGGCCCUCCUCCGCGGUGAGAGGCUUACAUCUGCUCUAGGUCCCCUCCAAGGAUAUAGCUGGCCCAUGGGUCCCUACACAACCACUGUUGCCCAUUCACCUUCUGAAAGACUCUUGCCAUAUCCCAUGUAUGUGAGGGGGUGAGUGGAAUCCCCCCUCCCAGUGGAGCCAGGGGGUGGGGCGAGAAGACCUUGGUUGAAAAAUGAAGUAGAGAAGAGCAAGAGAAGAGUAACAGCACAAGGGUGUGAAAGAUGGUGACGGGAGGCUGGGACAGAGAGGGGAGAAGGGAAGACUGAAGAGAGAGAGAGGACAAAUCAGUAAGGAAAAAUACGGUGAAGAAAAAGACAUGGAAAUGGAGAGAAGCGUACGUGUGGAGGAAACACUUGGCUUGCAAAACUCAAAGAAAAGCAUCAGGAUAAAUGAAGGAAAAGUUGAGAAGCAGGAAGGAAAGAAUGAGCAAGCCCUUAGCAAGAUACGGUACCUUUAAUGGAAUCAAUUGCCUCGGUUCCUUUAUAACCAAGUCCAUCGGAAAGGCAGACUCAACAUAUUAUGGGCAACUGUGUGAAGUCUCCACUGAGAAACCUCUCGAAAAAGAUUCGUCAUGAGGAGAAGACCUGCUAUAAGGCUGUUCAGACGAGUGAAGAGGGGCCGUCAGCCUGCGAGUACCAAGGUCCACUCAUGAUGCUGGCCCAGAACUGCGCCGUCAUGCACAACCUGCUGGGGCCAGCAUGCAUCUUCCUGAGGAAGGGCUUCGCAGAAAACAGGCAGCCUGACAGAGAACUGCGACCAGAAGAAAUUGAAGAGUUAAGAGAAGCCUUCAAGGAGUUUGAUAAAGACAAGGAUGGGUUUAUCAACUGCAGGGACCUGGGGAACUGCAUGCGGACCAUGGGCUACAUGCCUACCGAGAUGGAGCUCAUAGAGCUAUCCCAGCAGAUCAACAUGAAUUUGGGCGGCCAUGUGGAUUUUGAAGAUUUUGUGGAGCUGAUGGGACCAAAGCUUUUGGCAGAAACUGCAGAUAUGAUUGGUGUAAAGGAGCUACGUGAUGCCUUCAGAGAGUUUGACACCAACGGUGAUGGAGAGAUCAGCACCAGUGAGCUGCGGGAGGCCAUGAAGAAGCUGCUGGGGCAGCAGGUGGGCCAUCGGGAUAUUGAAGAGAUCAUCCGAGAUGUGGACCUGAAUGGAGAUGGGCACGUGGAUUUUGAAGAGUUUGUUAGGAUGAUGUCCCGUUGAAGAUUACACUCAUCUGAAGAGGAACCAGCACCUCAGUGAGGGCAGAAGAGACCUGAGUGGAGCAUCUAGCCCCGAUGUUCCCAUGCAAAGGUUAAUAGGCUGGAUGCAUUUGAGACAGUGCGAGAUGACCCGCCUCUCCUGCCCCAAAGUGGUCCCCACACUCCUCCACGCUUUCACACUGUGAAAGACUCAUAAUGUCCUAUAACUGGAACUGUUCC